AUGCUGGGCUAUCAAGUAAUAAAAUUUCGAGUCUUGGGUCCAACUCUCGAACAGUUGGUCGCGGUCGCCAAAGAAAAAGGCCAUGGUUGCAAUGAGGCAAAGAAAUGGCAAAUGGUACACGUUUCAUCUGCAAGAAUCGUUGCGAACCCGAAAUCGAAACAGUUUCGUGUGCUCGAAUCGAACAAAACGCAAGACUUUGAAAUCGUAUUGCAAGAGGCAAAUAUUAUUCUUCGUCGAAAGCCAGCAUUGUUGAUACGGGCUGCCGCGUAUUUCCACGUAAAUAAAUUUCAACAAGCACUUACAAAACUUGAAGCUAUUCUAAUAUGGUUUCCGAAUGACACGUUUGCCCUUGGCGAUCCAAUUGUUGAGAGUCUGCACUGUCCGAUGUACAUACCACCACUGAAAUUCUCGAAAAAGGUAUUUAUCGAGGAGCUAAUACAAGGUCACGCUGGAAAUAUUUAUGCUAUGGGCGAGUUUGAUCUGAGGCUUGAAAUGAUACACGAGGAAAUUUCCAUUCUACGACUUUGGGAUUUUGCUUUGCGAAAAUUGAAUCGGUGUGACGAGGCAUUGGAAACAGUACUAAAUCAAAUCCUGAAACAUCCAGAUGAUCCUUUUGAAUUACGAGAUCGUGCUCAUCAAAAAAGAGCAAUAUGGUCAAACAAUAAUCGACUUCAUCUCGUUUCUCUAGUGUG